AGCAAAUGGAAAGUUUUUGAUAGUAACAUUUAGUCGGUUGCAUUUUAAAAAAGUGUCAUUUUGUGUUUGUUUCUAAAAUCGAGCGAUAGAAAGUGGAACUGUCCGUCGUUAAGCUAGCUAAUCCGCUGGUCACAGAAUUAUGAGCUAACGGGAUCCGCGUUCCGUUUGUGUUUCUAUGGGAGUUUAUUCUCUGUCAGUUUACUUUGUGCUGAUAAUGACUCAUCUCUCUAGUUUAAAGCGUUGACUUCGUUGUCAUCAGUUUUAUUCUUCUGCUCAGGUUAAAAAUGGGAGAAAAAGACACGUGAAGUCUUUGAGUUCUGCUAAAUGAAUCUAUGGAGUCUGACAUCAUGGUCUCCUGCCACCCCCCUCCACGGGACGGCGGUGGUGACGGGGGUGUGGGGUUAAAGGAGGACGGGUUUGAGGACAUUGCUCUGGGGAUGGUGUGCUCUCCUCUAGGACUUGCUGAUGCUACAGAGCCGCCGUCCUUUCUAAAGCAGACGUGUCCUCCUGCAAAGCCAGCAAUUCGUCAGCCAAACUCCAGCUUCAACCCCCCGUCAGAACAAACCCAACUCACUUCUUUGCACUUGUCAAACGGACAUGCUCAGGUGGACCUGAAGUCUGUGGCCUUUAGUGCCUCUGUGGUGAACUUCCCCGAGGAGGAAACAGGGUUUGCUGAUUUCACUGUGUUCACAGAGCAGUCGGGACACCCCUGGUGCUGCGGCUUCACCGAGCGGUGGGACGGCGAGCAUAACGGCACUGGUGAACACACACGUGGUCCAGGACAGGCCUUCGUCGCAGACUCUGAACCUAGAUCCCAGCAUUCAUGUGAGGCAGAGGAGGAUGUUUGCAUCAACAUGAAACACUGUGAGAAAAGAAAUGCAGCACUUGUGCAACCACCUCAGGACCACCACCAGCCUCAGGACGCCGCAGCAGCUUUGAGCUUUGUAAAAGCUGGAGAGGAGCAACAGAUCUCCAGGAACGCUCCGGAGAGGAGGUGUAGCUGUGAUUCGCUUCAAAGAACUUCAGAGAAAGUCCCUCAGACAUUCACUGAGGAUCAGCUUUCUGAUGAACUUGUGUCCUCCUGCUGCGAUGACUUUUCCUUUGAAAGUGUCUCUGCAGAGCUGGAACCAAAUGUCUCCUCUCUUGUCUCUGGAGAUGACCCUACUGAUGAUGAGGAAGAAUAUCUGGAGGACAGCAGACAUCCUGACACCUUUGUCUACGGUCAAAUGACUAACUUAAGCUUGUCUGAGUCUAACCUCCAUCACUGCAACCACUACGUGAAUCAGGAAACUUCGGCUACCUCCACCCAGUUGCAUUCUGGUAAAACCACACUGGACAAAUUCCCAAACAGGAAUGUUGAGCAUCACGGAGACCACAGAGCUGCUCAGACAGCUGAUACAGGAGUACAGAACCUGGGGAACCUUCCUUCCAGUGACAGCUUUGCAGACUUCUGCUCAGCGCCCUCGCAGGAGGAUGAGGGGGGGCUGUGGGAGGACUUCAAGGACCAAAGUAUGCCAAUGAAGGGAAAACCCUGCACACGGUUCAGAGAGCCAGCCAACAGCUGUUCUAAUGGAAGGAACAACGAUAACGAGCUGGAGAGUUUUCCAAAAAUUGAGUCGAGGAGGAACUGUGAGGCUUCACUGUCCGACCGUGUCCAGCAGCUCCUCCAGUCCAGUUUCCCAGAGGUACUGGUCCCAGCGGUUGAAGGUGAUGAGGACCUGCUCAAUCUUGGUGCUUUACUGACUACCCAGCACCUCACUGAGCAUGAGGAGGACAAACCGGAACUAAGCCAUGCUCUGAGGAUCCAGCAGCAGAUGUUGAGGCCGUAUCAGGAUUUCUACUGUUCUCUAGGCCUCCAGUUUCAGUGGGGAGGUUCUCGUACCAAAUCCUCACUGCUCAGGUGCCUUGGUGUGGACACGAGGAACAUUAUUUGUAUGGGCACAAAGAAGCAGCCGGUGACUGUAACUACUUAUGCAUCUGGUCUGGUGCUCCCUUCAAGCCAGCUGGACUGGAGCAGGUCUCAGGAGGGUGCAUCCCCUUGCCGACUUCCCCACCCAUAGGAUUGGAAGUAAAAACUACCAGCCACCUCUCACACGCCUGCUGCUAAAAUGCCAAAAAUGACCUUCUCACUUCCUCCAAAGCAUGUUCUACUUCUGUAAUUUCAUUAUGUGUUUCCCCUCAGCCCAUUCAGCUGCCGAGUUUUUGUCAGUAGGUCUAUAUUUGAGAUUGCAACAAAUAUUAUUAUUAAAAAUAAUAAUAAAAAGAAAGACAAAACGUUACAGGAAACACGCUGGGCUGCCGCUUAGCUUUUUCUUGUCAUCUUGAUCUGCUUCCACCUUUUGGAGGAUUUAUUCAUGUUGAUGUGGUGACAGCUGGUUUGUUCUAGUGCUUUUUGGAGCCUUGUGUGCUGCUUUAAUAUUCUGGAAAUGUCCGACCUCUGCUGAGACCAUCUAUAAGACUGACAUGACAGCUUCAUCUAUAUUUGAAUUUUUUUCUCUGAAAACAUCUACCGGUAAAUAUUUUUGUGUUUUAAAGAGGUUUGUGUGUUUUUAUCCAAGCAUUAUAAAGGCAAAACACUGGAAAUGAACACAAAGUAUACUUUUCUUUGAUUAAAACAUGCUCCUGUUUUAAUUUCAUGUCAACAAUAGUACAUGUAAUUAAGUUAAGCACCUUGAUUUCAGAAAAAACGUGAUUCCGACUGAUCCUAAAACUGAAAUGUACCCAAAAAGUUAUUAAAAUCUUUUUUUGUUAGAAAUGAACAAAUUAUAAUUUUAUGGAAGUCUUUGUGUCUAUUAAUAUAGCAGGUAUACAAAUGUGUUAUUAUUGCAGUUUUUUCUAACUAAAAUACAAUUGUAAUAAUUUAUUUUUUGAUUCUUCUCACUUGCAAAAAGCAGUCGUGAUUCACAACAGAAGUGGCUUUCCCACAACCAUCAUUUUUUGCUGCAUGUGUUUAUAACAUUUUAAUACGUAAUGAAUCCAGAUGCCAAAAGAUGUGUGGAUGUCUAAAACCUGAAUAAACAAAGGUUAAAAAGGACAUUUAGGGUUUUGGACACAAAGAUGACACAAAGAUGAUGCUAAAAGGUGUAAUAACACAUGGGUUCAAAUAAAAACUGGAAAUCCAGUUGUAAAUUUGUUCAGAUUCCUGAUUUAUAAUUAAAUACGCAGAUAUUUAUUUCUUCACUUCCUCAAAUACUAACAAUUACUAAUAUAAAGUUAAAAUGUAGCCUUUACAGCGAUGCGGUGUAGUAUUAAAUAUGAACAGUAGAUGGCGGUGUUUUCUCUAGGAGGUUGCUUUUAUUCACGAAUGAAAACGAAGUGUUUAAAAAUAAAAACAAAGCAAACUGAUUUAAUACGCCGGUAAAAUAAAAUAACUGAAUUUUAUAUUUAAAAAUUUUAACCUCUAAAAAUGUAUCCAUAAAACCGUGAAAAUCAAAUUUGCUGUCACUUUUCAUUUGUCAUUUCCUGUUGUGUCUUUCUUUGGGGGUUGUGGGGGACCAAAGCGUUUGCUUUUACUUCACAGACACUGAGAAUUUUUUUUGAAAGGUAGUGCCUCUAACAUACUUUUAAGUUUACUGCUCAAACUGAGACUAUGCACUGCGUUGAAACUUGUAAAAAAGGAAAUAAAUCAGUAAACCCUC